AUGUUAUUGUUUUCUUUAACGGUUUUCCUCUUUGGCGUGGCUUUUGGAAGGGAUUGUUCAUCUCAACCAUCACCGGGUUUCACUUGCAACGAACAUUCGCCAAGUAUUCAGUACUAUUUCGAUGAGGAACACAUGUCUUGCUAUCCAUUCGGACACAAUGGAUGCGAUUUGAAAACGGGUCCACUUCGAUUGUUGGGUCCUGAUUCAAAGAACGGAUAUCCGACAGUUGAUUCAUGUUGGCAUUCGUGCAUGCCAAUGGAUUACAACAGUUGCGGCUAUAGUAUCCGAUCAACGGGCACCUGUAGCUAUGAUCCGAGCAGGAAAGCAGAGUGCAGUCCAGACGCUGAAUGCCAUAUGGGUGCUUUUUUCGGAAUUUGUUGUCCAAAGGAUAAGAUUCAACGCUCGGAGAAUCCAAAAUGUGAGGCUGGGAAAAGAUUGGUUAAGCAAAAUGAUGGUCAAAAGCUGAUUAGCAAGCGGUGUUCACUCAAUUUUUGUCCAAAAGGUUCUCAGUGUAUCGAUGGAGAGUUCUUUGCGUAUUGUUGUCAA